AUGCCUCAAACGCAAAAAGCUCGUGUACCGGUCAUUUUCGGUGCCAUGACGUUUGGCAGAGAAGGGGUUGAGCAAGCGCGUAUCCACGAUCUCAAGGAAGCUGGUGCCAUGCUGGAUCUCUUCCAGGAACACGGUGGUACAGUUGUUGAUACAGCUCGUGUGUAUGCUCAAGGUUCCUCUGAAGAAUACCUUGGGCAACUGGAUUGGCAAGCUCGAGGUCUCCGAGUUGACACCAAGCUAUACCCCAAUAUUCACGAUGGGACUGGUAAAAUCACUCAUUCUGCCGAUGAUCUUCGGAAGCACCUAGAUGAGUCUCUCAAGGCCCUCAAGACCGACAAGAUAGAUCUCUGGUAUCUCCAUGGACCAGACCGCGACACCCCAUUUGAGGAGACUCUCAGAGCUUGUAAUGACCUGCACAAGGAGGGCAAGUUCAACAGGCUCGGAGUGAGUAACUACAUGGCUUGGGAGGUUGCCUAUAUGAGCGAACUGUGUAUUCGUAAAGGAUGGAUUCGACCUACGGUUUAUCAAGGAGUGUACAACGCCAUCCACCGCACAGUUGAAAUGGAGUUGUUUCCUUGUCUUAGACACUACGGAAUCACAUUUUAUGCCUUCAGUCCACUGGCCGGAAGUCAGCUAACUGGGCGGUACAAGCGCGACACUCAGGAUACAGAUAUUGAAUCCAUGUCCCGCUUCGAUCCCAACACCUUUCAAGGUCGCAAGUACAGGAGGCGAUUCUGGAAAGACGUCAUCUUCGAUGCUGUUGAGCUUAUUAGGGAUGAAGCUCAAAAGCAUGGGCUUACGGAGAUUGAUUGUGCUUUCCGCUGGAUUGAACAUCACUCACAACUUGAUCCUGAGCGAGGCGAUGCGGUGAUCAUUGGAGCCAGCAGUAAGAAGCAGCUGGAGCAGAACUUGGAUCUGCUGGAGAGAGGACCUUUGCCCCAGGAAAUUGUGGAUGUUCUGGACAAAGCGUGGCUGAUUACCAAGGGGAGCGUUAACAAUUAUUGGCAUUAA